ACAAGAUAAUGUGUUACUUUUUCGCCGUCUUCAACAUAUGAAACAAUUCUCGUUCAACAUAUGAAACAUAUAAAAAGGUCCAUACUGGUUUAUAAUUUCUUCAUACCCAUUUCGACCAAACCACCCAAGUUAACAAACAAUAGAAAUGGAUUUCAGUACAAACGGUUCUGAAGAAAGUGAACUGUAUCAUGCUCAAAUUCAUUUAUACAAACAUAUAUACAACUUUGUAAGUUCCAUGGCACUCAAAUCCGCCGUGGAACUAGGCAUAGCUGAUGCAAUUCAUAACCAUGGAAAACCAAUGACUCUCCCUGAAUUAGCUUCAUCUUUGAAACUUCACCCUUCUAAAGUUAACAUCCUUUAUCGAUUCUUACGUCUGUUAACAUACAAUGGUUUCUUUGCUAAAACAACAGUGAAAAGCAAUGGAGAAGAAGAAGAAACAGCGUAUGUUCUCACACCUUCUUCAAAGCUUCUCGUAAGUGGUAAAUCAACAUGUUUAUCAUCAGUUGUUAAAGGAGCACUUCAUCCAAUCUCUUUAGACUUGUGGGGUGUUUCAAAGAAAUGGUUCCAUGAGGAUAAGGAACAAACACUUUUUGAGUGUGCAACUGGGGAGAACUAUUGGGAUUUUCUUAACAAAGAUUCUGAUUAUUUGAGUAUAUUUCAAGAUGCUAUGGCGGCUGAUUCAAGAUUGUUUAAGCUUGCUAUUCAAGAGAAUAAGCAUGUGUUUGAGGGUUUGGAGUCUUUGGUUGACGUGGCAGGUGGAACUGGUGGUGUUGCAAAACUCAUUCAUGAAGCAUUUCCUCACAUCAAAUGCACCGUUUUUGAUCAGCCACAGGUUGUUGGUAACUUAACUGGAAAUGAAAAUUUGAAUUUUGUUGGUGGAGAUAUGUUCAAAUCUGUCCCUUCUGCUGAUGCUGUUUUACUCAAGUGGGUUCUGCAUGAUUGGAAUGAUGAACUAUCUUUAAAGAUAUUGAAGAAAAGCAAAGAAGCAAUUUCACACAAAGGGAAAGAUGGAAAAGUGAUUAUCAUAGACAUAUCAAUUGAUGACAACAGUGAUGAUCAUGGAUUAACUGAGUUGCAAUUGGAGUAUGAUGUAGUGAUGCUAACAAUGUUUCUUGGUAAAGAAAGGACAAAGAAAGAAUGGGAGAAACUCAUAUAUGAUGCAGGUUUCAGCCGCUACAAAAUUACUCCUAUAUGUGGCUUCAAGUCUCUCAUUGAAGUUUAUCCUUAGUUUUAAUCUGAAGUUAUUGUAAUCAAGUUAUAAAUUAAAAAUUCAAUAAGUUUCUAUUGGAAAUGUCAAAUUAAUUGAUUAUUGUUCCCUAUAGAGAAAGUUUAAUGUAAUCAAAGCAAAAUUGUUUGAGAUUGUUACAAAAUAAAAAAGCUUAGAGUAUGAUUCUCUAUUUUUUUU